CGCAGGUGAACAGCAGAGCUUCAGUCCACUGCUGCUUGCAGACGGACAUAAACGAGCGCGCGGGGGGAGGAAACCUCACGACUCACCAGAACAACCAACCAUCUGACUCCUAAACAGGUUUUCAGAUUCCUGAGUAGUCGAAAAAAAAAAAAUCUCCGGGUCUGACCUGAAAAUCUGCGGACUGACUGUAAGGGGCAUGCGUGCAGCGCAGCUAGAGGAACUCUUUAUGAACGGGCUGAAGUGCCAAGAAGGAUUUCCAUUUCUCCCACAGCUCCGGCUUUCUUCUCGCUGUCGCGCAGGAACGACGCGUGCUUCACUGGACUUAUAAUCGACCAGCGAAUUUCCAGGCUGAUGAAGCACUUUGUCAACCCUUAUAUUGUUCUUUGCUUUUCUGCAGCCCAGCGAGAAACCUGCAAAACAUCAUUGUAGCGCAGCGGUGAUGGACAUUCGCUUUGGCGUCUCGGUUAUGCACGCAUUGGAAUCAUUGUGCUUUUUUUUUCCAAAGGCGCUACUUCUGCACACAUCUCUCGCUCGCCUGACUUUCUUUAAAGCUUAAAAUGUUUUGUCGGUGUGUAUGAGCGAUGGCGCCCGAACCGCACCAGGUGACGGAGAGGUUAUCUGCACGUUUGGACCUGUUCGCGUGGAUAAUGAGAAUUUAUGCCACAGGUGAAUGAAUAUUUUCUGUUUUGAAGCCGCUUUCUGACUCUGGCAUACAGCUCGAGAGGGCUGCACGGUGAACAAUGGAUCUCAAAGUGGAAACCGAAGAAAUGGAGUCAAAUCAACCUCCACCCAUAGAAGUUUUUGCGCACAGCUCGACCCUACACGGAAUCUCUCACAUCUUCACGUACGAGCGGUUCUGCGUCAAACGCUGCCUGUGGCUCGUGUUUUUCUUGGGCUCUCUGACCUUCUUGCUGUACGUGUGCGUGGACCGGAUCCACUUCUACCUCGAGUACCCUCACGUCACCAAACUGGAUGAGGUCACGACCCCGAUCAUGACGUUCCCCGCCGUCACUUUCUGCAACCUGAACGCUUUCCGCUUCAGCCGCGUGACGCGCAACGACCUGUACCACGCAGGGGAGCUGCUGGCCCUUCUCAACCAAAGGUAUGAGAUCAGAGACAUGCACCUGGUGGAGGAGAGCGUUCUGGAGAGUCUCAAGGUCAAAGCCGACUUCCACAACUUUAAACCGCGACCCUUCAACAUGCGGGAAUUCUACGACCGCACCGGCCACGAUAUCAGUGACAUGCUGCUCUCCUGCCACUUCCACGGCACCGAGUGCAGAGCAGAGGACUUCAAAGUGGUCUUCACUCGCUAUGGGAAGUGUUACACCUUUAACGCUGGCGGUGAUGGGCGCACUCCCCUCAUCACCACCAAGGGAGGUAUGGGUAACGGCCUCGAGCUCAUGCUGGACAUUCAGCAGGAUGAAUACCUGCCAGUCUGGGGAGAAACAGAUGAGACUUCGUUUGAAGCGGGGGUCAAAGUUCAGAUCCACAGUCAGGAUGAGCCGUCCUUCAUUGACCAGCUCGGAUUCGGAGUGGCACCCGGGUUCCAGACAUUUGUUUCCUGCCAGGAACAGAGGCUGAUAUAUCUCCCCCCACCCUGGGGAGACUGCAAGGUGACGCCAAUGGAGUCGGACUUCUUUGAGAGUUACAGCAUCACAGCCUGUCGCAUUGACUGCGAAACGCGCUACCUGGUGGACAACUGCAACUGUCGCAUGGUGCACAUGCCUGGCGAUGCCCCCUACUGCACCCCCGAGCUGUACAAAGAAUGUGCUGACCCAGCUCUGGAUUUCCUGGUGGAAAGAGACAAUGAUUUCUGUGUGUGUGAGACGCCGUGCAACAUGACCAGAUACAGCAAAGAGCUGUCUUUUGUCAAGAUCCCCAGCAAGGCCUCUGCUAAAUAUCUUGCAAAAAAAUACAACAAAUCUGAGCAGUACAUUAAGGAAAAUAUCCUGGUUUUAGAUAUCUUCUUUGAAGCUCUCAAUUAUGAAACUAUUGAACAGAAGAAAGCAUAUGAAGUGGCUGGACUUUUAGGUAUAGCUUCUUUUCUAUUAUAUAACAUAGACUUCUUACAUUUUUUGUCUUCAUGCAUUUGUUAUGAAUAUGCUUUCAUUUCAGGUGAUAUUGGUGGUCAGAUGGGACUUUUUAUUGGUGCAAGCAUACUGACUAUUCUGGAGAUAUUUGACUACCUUUAUGAGGUAAUGAAGUACAAACUGUGCCGCUGCUCCGAUAAGAAGCACAAGCAUAACAACAACAAUGACCAGGGAACGGUCCUGAGCUUAGACGAUGUCAAGUGUCACGUCAGUAACUUUCACUAAGCUUCUGCAGCCGGGGGCAGAGAGCCGCCGCACUCUCUUGCUUGUGAGCAGCUUCGUGGACUUUGUUCUUUGCAGGUUUUCUUUCUUUUCCCACUGCUGGAACAACAGAGGAAGUGUGUGAACUGUGCCUGAUUAAGGUGUGUAAGCGACAUGAUGAAAUAGGGACGUGUGGCUGAGGUAAGCGGACAGCCACAGAGACGCGAGGGCAGGAGAACCAAGAGAAAUAAAACUAAAAAAAUGUUAGAAUAACUGCAUGGUCUUCUGUAAACACCUUUUCAAGACGUAGUAACAGAUACAGUAAAAGAUUACACAGGUUCAUUAUAUGUUCAGUAAACCAGUGUUAGAAAUCCCAGCAAUGUGGUGUCAGUUUGACUGUUUUUGUGUGAAAUAGUUGUUAAUUUACAGGAAUUUUUGUUUCGACUAAACCAGCUUUCUCUUUUACUUACAGCUGUCUUUACUUACAGCUGUCUUCCCCUGUUAAACUGCGCAUUCUGCCAUCAUACUGUACUACCUCGUCUCGCAGGAUGACAAUGCUAAAAAUAAUUUAAGUAAAACUGACUGACAAAAAGGUAACUGCCAUGUAGAGUAGGCGGACAUUAAAGAAAGCCCAACAUUUUCUUGAAAAGUAGUCGCAGGCGGUUUUCACAGAAAGCAUUUUGAUGUGUCACAAUAGGUAAAAGCACAAAUGUAAGGAUAGCUGAGAUCCAUUUACUUUAAUUAUGGGUUCCUGCAGCUGGAUGAAUAAAACGUAAUAAAAUCUCAGUCACUGUGACACAGUCGUCGCUUCCCACCGUCACCACGUGCUUGUUCAGAGGGCAUCAUCUGUUCACUGCGGUUCUGUCUUUCUUAUUGUAGGGUCUUUACCUUACAAUAUAAAGCACAGUCACACAUCUUUAGUUGUAAAGGGGCACUAUGUAAAUGAAACCUAAUUGAACUUUUUAAGCCCAAUAAAAAUUUGUACACCCCGAAUUUGUAUUUAAUUUUAUAGAUGUUAAACUGCUCAUAUUAGUGUAGCUAGGUCUGUUUGUAAAUAGAAAAAGAUUAAAUAAUAAGAGUAAGUGUAAGCUCUGUGAAAGUAGCUGGUAGUUAUUUUCUGUCACAUAAAUCCUGAGGUAAUGGUGGAUGGUCAUAAUAAACAUGGCCAGAGUUUCAGAUAUGUGUAAAUAAUCCCUGUUAGCGAAAAGGCCAGCUUUAAACUAGUUCAGAACCCACUGUCAUAAUAACCUGAGAUAUCAGGACAAACCUUCUAUUUGCAAAAGGCAGCCAAUCAGACGAAAGUUGGCUGAAUUGGAGAAGCGCUAAGAGUUUUUCUUCCCUUGAAGGGAGGGAAUAUACAACUGGUUACAUUUGCUUGUCUGUCUGUUAACAGUUUAGCCUCUGCAGUUUUCAAGAUAUUAUUUUCAAUUUUGUGUGAUGGUAGAUACCAAUAACAGCUCAAGCUGAUUUCAUUUAGGUGGAAAUCAGGUCAAGGUGACAUUUGAUAAUCAGUAAAAACUUUAUAUUACCCAAUGUUUUUAAUGGCUCGUCUUCAAACUUCACAACAAUAUACAAGGCUUUUGGGGAUACAAGUACCUGGGUAAGCGUUUGACCUACACUGUUAGCACGAAGAUCAAAAUUUCAAGAAUCUAUAACAAGUAAUAUCUCAUAUGAAAGGGCAUGGAGGACACUUUUCUUUUGCAAUACAGUGCCCUAUGGUGUUGCAGUAACACCGUGACAGGCUAACGUUAUCAUAUUGUAAUAAAAACACCAUAAAACAUCAAAGUUUUAGUCUAGUCGGUUGCUCUCUGAGUGCUCUUGUUUUUGCUUUUUUCAGACAGUGAAUGAAUCGAUAAACUACCCAAAGGUCCAGCAUAAGACACAUAAAGAAUAAUUUGAACUGUGACUCAUGUAGACCUAUUGUAAUGUAGUCCACAAUAAAAAUACAGAAUUGGAAAUGAGCACUAUAAGCUCUUUCUCACUUUCUCUCAGAAAACGUUUGUUUUCACAUUUUCACCGCACAUUCCAGUUUAUGUAUGAGAGUAAAAAGGGCCUACGUAUGAUUUUUAUGCACACGCAUAGUUUAUACAUCCAGCCUCUGAUGUUGCGCACGGUGUCGCACUUUGGCCCAUCAUAUGACGCUUGUGAAUGUUAUCAGUAACCUGUGUUUUUCCUGCUGUAACAAGUUCAAAUGCCCGCUGUGAAAAAGAUCUGCCAAGGGAACUACUUGGGUUAAACACGAGCAGGAAGUUAAAAACCAGUUGCUAGAUUCCCCGCAAAAAAGAUGUAAUCGAACAAUAUGACAAAGAGACUUAAUCAUCGUGUACUGUAUAGCUUUGCUGUAGAAAUGAGAAAUUUAUCAACACGUGAUGCCAUAACAUUUGUUUAAGAGAAUGUCAUUCAUGUUUACAUGCUUUUUGUCACAUUUUAAGGAAAUUUGCUUCUGUUGUGUCAACAAGGCUGGAUCACAUCAACUAGAAUCAAUAUUUUGAAUGUUUUUGUUUUUUACUUUCGAACGCUUACUUGCAUGUAGCACUGUACAGCAAGCAUCCUAUAUGUACAGUUCAUCCACACCUGCAGUUUGAGCCUUCUUCUGUCCUCGUGUCUGGGUGCGUUUUGUGAGCAUGUAUUCAUUUGCGGUUUUACGACGAUGAAAGAAAAGUGGAAAGAAACUGCCCUAAAAUGCUCAACAGUGAGUGUGGUGUCAGGUAGAUGGUGAAAAUCUGAGCUCUGCGGAGCAUGUGUGAGAGUUUCCCUCAUGAUUGUGUAUAUACCAAAAUUAGGGAUGCACCGAUAUAUCGGCCAAACCUCGGCACAGCCUGAUCUCGGCCUUGUUGACCAUUCACUUCUCUGCAAACAAGAAUGUAUUUAUUGACGUGAGUGUUUUCUGAUCUUUUUUUCACAAUGCCUAAUGUUUAAGAUGGUGUGUCAGUUCUGUUAUUGAAAAUGUGCUUGUCUUCCUGGCACACGAAGGAAAAGCAAACAAGAACAAAGCGUGGCAUGCCCAGAAGUUCACAGUCGGUGCAUCCCUACCAAAAAUCUAACCAUGUUUAUUAUUCUGCUCCUUGUUGUUCUCAACAGGAAGUGGGAUCUGAUUAGCGUGUAGCUGUGUGGUAUUACUAUCAAGCACAAUUAUUCCAUCAGUUGUAAUUUAGUGUAAAUAUUACUGUUGACUGUGGAUAAUAAUCCUCGUGUAUUAGCAUAGUCUGGUUUGUCUAACGGUGUACUUAAUGAUUUAUUUCAAAGAAACUUGCUGUGUGUCUCAAUUCAUUUUUUCUUCUGUAAAUUUGUUUAUUUGUCAAAGACAAAGUAGGGGGGGCUGUUUGUUUGUUUUUAUUAAUAUUGCUAGAGUUGAGUCACAGCAGCCGUUCUCAUCAGUACAUGAGAAUUAAAUAGCCAGACUGUUGCUGCAUGAGGUCGCCCAGCUUACUGCUUUUGUUUUUGCCUCCGUCUUUACUUUUGCCUUUUCAUUUGUGAUAUGAAAGGAUGGCUGUUUUAGUCUGGUGAUGUAAAGAUGAAUAAUGGACUUGAAUCGGUUGUUACAUUAAAGAUCAAAUGCUAA